AUGUCAUUGCCACUCAACAAGACGAUGCUGUACACAUUUGUGUUUGUCUUCCUUUGUCUCUUCUGCAAUCAAGGCUGCGCCUCUCCAACGGGACGGUACGUUCGUCAAUGGGGUGAUGGAAUGAUGAAUGGUCCUUUUGGAGGUGGUUUCGGUCCUGGUGGCGGCGGUUUUGGCCCUGACGGAGGUUUCGGACCUGGUGGCGGCGGCUUUGGUCCUGAAGGAGGCGGUUUCGGUCCUGGUGGCGGCGGCUUCGGUCCAGGCGGAGGCUUUGGUCCUGGUGGCGGCGGCUUUGGCCCUGAAGGAGGCGGUUUCGGUCCUGGUGGCGGCGGCUUUGGCCCUGACGGAGGCGGCUUCGGUCCUGGUGGCGGCGGCUUUAUUCCUGGCGCAGGUGGAUUCUAA